AUGGCGUCAAAGUUGGCGGCAGUGCGAUAUCGUUGUCGCCUGUCUGAUACCGGUGUGGGAACGACAAUUGUGGUUUUGAAAAAUAGACCAAUUCUGUACACUAAAACUCUCGCCCCAGAACGCCUCAAUGCACAAUAUUUGGCGGGGUUCACUCUUACGCCUUGGCCUGGGCCCGGAUGGGGCGCCGGUUCGGGACCGGCCGGCUCGUGCCCGGCUCCCACACGCAGAAGGGGCGAACGGAAGCUUUCGGGCGUCACCACGGACGAUAAAUACUCGAUCUCCCAACACUUGACGAUGGGUUUUUGUAUCAAGCAAGCUUCAAGACUCAGUUGCUCAGAUCAAUACCAGACCUUCAAGAUGCCCGCUGUCAUUGAGCACUCGGUCACUACGGAGGUCCCUGGACCUAUCUCCAAGGCCAGCGCAAAGAAGCUCGAUACCUUCUUUGACGCCCGCGCCGUUCACUUCGUCGUCGACUACGACAAGAGUUCCGGAAACUACAUCGUCGACGUUGACGGCAACAAGUACCUCGAUGUUUACUCCCAGAUCGCCUCCAUCCCGGUAGGCUACAACAACCCCACCCUCAUCGAGGCCGCCAAGUCCCCCGAGAUGGUCUCCGCCCUCGUCAAUAGACCCGCCAUCGGCAACUUCCCCUCGGGCGCCUGGCACGACCUCCUCCAGAACGGCCUCAUGAAGGCCGCCCCGGAGGGACUCAACCACAUCUUCACCGCCCAGUCCGGCUCCGAGGCCAACGAGCUGGCCUACAAGGCCGCCUUCAUGCUCUACCGCCGCCGCGAGCGCGGCGAGGCCGAGUGGUCGCACGAGGAGAUCCACUCGUGCCUGCACAACACCACCCCCGGUUCCCCCGAGCUGGCCAUCAUGAGCUUCAAGAACUCCUUCCACGGCCGCGGCUUCGGCAGCUUGUCCACCACGCGCAGCAAGGCCGUGCACAAGCUCGAUAUCCCCUCGUUCAACUGGCCCCAGGCUUCGUUCCCGGCGCUCAAGUACCCCCUGGACAAGUACGCGGCCGAGAACGAGGCCGAGGAGAAGCGCUGCCUGAAGGAGGUGGAGGAGCUGAUUCAGAGCUGGCACUGCCCCGUUGCUGCUGUUAUCGUUGAGCCUAUCCAGUCCGAGGGCGGUGAUAACCACGCUUCCCCUGCCUUUUUCCAAGGUCUGCGCGACAUUACGCAGAAGCAUGCUGUUGUCAUGAUUGUCGAUGAGGUCCAGACUGGCUUCGGCGCUACUGGCAAGUUCUGGGGCCACGCUCACUGGAACCUCACCUCCCCUCCCGACAUCGUCACCUUCUCCAAGAAGGCCCAGACUGCCGGCUACUACUUUGGCGACCGCAUGCUGGUCCCCGACAAGGCUUACCGCCAGUUCAACACCUGGAUGGGUGAUGCCGCCCGCGUCAUCGUCUGCAAGGCAGUCAUUGACGAGAUCCGCGAGAAGAAGCUCGUGGAGCAGACCGCUCGCGUUGGUGAAGUCCUCUACGCCGAGAUGGAGAAGCUCGCCCAAAAGUACCCCGACCACGUCAUGAACCUUCGCGGCAAGGGCCAGGGCACCUACGUCGCCUUCGACACCCAGAGCGCGGCUGCCGUCACGAGCUCGAUGAAGCGCCUCGGCGUCAACAUUGGCGCUUGCGGCAAGGAGACCAUCCGUCUCCGCCCCAUGCUCAUCUUUGAGGAGGCGCAUGUGCCCAUUUUGAUCUCUGCAUUUGAGAAGACCUUUUCUUCAUUCAUGGAUUUACAGCUCCGACGAGCCGAUGAUGGCCUUGAAAACGGAACAUAUCUCCUCAACCUUCUCAUAGUGAACUCUCAAACGGAAUGGGGCAACUUGAUGGCUGACUCGGGUAAUAUGACAAGUUCUCCUGUACCCAUUCAGGACCCCCUCCCCACGAUCUUUGUCCGACAGAUGGCUAGUCGGCGCGGCCCGGCGGCCGGUAGCUUAUCAUGCAAGAACCGGGAAAUACCUGCGGUCUCUAUUUUCGGGGCAUCCCCCUCUCGGGACUGGUCGCCCCGUCGAGUGAUACGCAUCCGGUUCGUCGGAUCCGCCAGAGCAGCCGGCUGGGGUAACAAGGAUCGUCGCGGCAUGACACAUGCGGUGGUACACAGCUAUCUAUCACCUUUUUUUCUUGAUAAUGGUCUAUUUUCAAUGGCUGAAAAGUUCGUGAUGGUCUCAUAUAAACCUUCAAGACCAGGUUCGCAAUCACGCAAACUCACCUUACCCAAAAAGAGGUUCUUCACACACUUAAUCAAAAUCACUUCGAAACACGUCGUCUUCGACAUCGUAGGCACCUGCAUGUCCUACGACGCCAUCCCCCGCGCCAUCGAAACCCGUCUCGGCCCCAAACUCGCAGAACACAACAUCAAGCCCGCCCUCCUCAGCUUCGCCUGGAUCGAGGCCGCCGAGCGCGAGUACACUUACCUCUCCAUCCAAGGCCGCUACCGCCGCUUCUACGACAUCUUCCGCAGCCUCUUCUACCGCAUGCUCUUCCAAGCCGGCGUCCCCGAACCGCGCAAACUCGCCACCGACGACGACGUAGCCUACAUCAUGGACCGCUUCCUCGAGCUCGAGGCCCGGCCCGGCACAAAGGAGUGCUUCACGCUGCUGCGAGAGGCCGGCUUCACAGUCUGGGCCUUCACGGCGGGCGACGCGAAGCGCGUGGGCGGGUACUUUGCCAAGGCGGGCAUCGACAUGCCCGCGGAGAACCUCAAGAGCUGCGACGCGGACGGCAUCGGCAAGCCGGACCCCAGGGCGUACAAGCCCGUGCUGGAGAGCUUUGGCGGGGAGGAGGCGUGGUUCGCGGCGGCGCACAUGUGGGAUGCGUCGGCGGCCAAGGGGUGCGGGUUCAAGGGGGCGUGGUGCGCCGUGUACGAGGGGGAGCCGUGUACGGAUUUGUUUGGUGAGAUGGAUGUCAUGGCGACCGAGUUGCCGGACAUGGCGCGGAAGAUUAUAGCCGCUUCGGAGGGGGCGGCCGCGGCGUAA